AUGGCCGCCGCUGCUUCGAGUACUUGGGCGCCGCGGGCGGCUGCUGCGGCAGAGGUGCAGUGGCAGCACUUUCUGGAUCUCUGCGGGACCUGGCGUGGAGUGUGGCAGCGCUUCGGGGCAGAAGAAGGGUCCUCCAAGGUCCUAAAGCCGACGCGCCACUUCCAGGCAUUCUGCGUUCCGUGUGCCGCAGCAGACGGGCGAAGUGUACAUCACGUGAAUCGUUACCCGCCCUUGGUCGCACCGCCCGGGGGUCGAAAGAUGGCGAAUGGACUGACGGAGGUGGAUUUCGGCCGCUUCGACCCAGGGUCGUUCCAGACGCCCUUUGGCCCACAGUCCCAGGCCGUCUAUGGCCCCGGCUGGGCUGGCAUCGGCCCCAAGGACCUGCAAGGUUCGGAGAGGAUAGCUGUCGAGCUUGUGUCUCGGAUGGCGGCAACAACGUGCAAGCUUUAA